CUUCUCUAUGUACCUUGGAGAUUGCAAGUGCAAAAUUUUGCUUACUUCUCUCAAAGCUCAAAAAAUAUUUUCUCUAUUAAUUCUUCAUUCUUACACACACACACUCACACCACUAUCUCAAAAAUCCAACAUAACCACAUGCUCUCUUUUUCAUAUCCCUAUAUCUAUAUCUUCUCAUCAUCACAAUUCACAACCAACAAUUAAGUUUCUCAUCUAAUCUCUCAUCACAACAUAACAUAACAAGUUCAAGUUGAACUUCAACUUCAAGUUGAAAAAGUUCAAAUUUUUAUCAUACCCUUUAUUCUGUUUUCACUUUGAGAGUUAAAAAAACACAUAAAAAUGAUAACUUUAACAGAUUUUUACCAUGUGAUGACAGCAAUGGUUCCACUCUAUGUUGCUAUGAUACUUGCUUAUGGUUCUGUGAAAUGGUGGAAAAUAUUUUCACCUGAUCAAUGUUCUGGUAUAAACCGUUUUGUUGCUCUAUUUGCAGUUCCACUUUUGUCUUUCCAUUUCAUAGCUUCAAACAAUCCUUACAAAAUGAACCUUAGAUUCUUAGCAGCUGACACACUUCAAAAAAUCAUUGUCCUACUUGUUCUUGCAAUUUGGAGUAAUUUUAGCAAAAGGGGUUGUUUAGAAUGGACAAUAACACUCUUUUCUCUUUCAACACUUCCAAAUACUUUAGUUAUGGGUAUACCUUUACUUAAAGGGAUGUAUGGUGAAUUUUCAGGUAGUUUAAUGGUUCAAAUUGUUGUUCUUCAAUGUAUAAUUUGGUACACUUUGAUGCUUUUCAUGUUUGAGUUUAGAGGAGCUAGGAUGUUGAUUUCAGAACAAUUUCCUGACACUGCUGGUUCAAUUGUUUCAAUUCAUGUUGAUUCUGAUGUGAUGUCAUUGGAUGGUAGAACACCAUUGGAAACUGAUGCUGAAAUCAAAGAAGAUGGUAAGUUACAUGUUACUGUUAGAAAAUCAAAUGCUUCAAGAUCAGAUAUUUAUUCAAGAAGAUCACAAGGUCUUUCAUCAACAACACCAAGACCUUCAAAUCUUACUAAUGCUGAGAUUUAUUCUUUGCAAUCUUCAAGAAAUCCAACACCAAGAGGAUCAAGUUUUAAUCAUACUGAUUUUUAUUCUAUGAUGGCUGGUGGAAGAAACUCAAAUUUUGGUGCUAAUGAUGUUUAUGGUUUGAAUGCUAAUUCUAGAGGACCAACUCCUAGGCCUUCUAAUUAUGAAGAAGAUAAUGUUAAUGUUAAUGUUGUUGCUGGAAAAACUAAGAAAUUUUCUGGUCAUUACCCUGCACCUAAUCCAGGAAUGUUUUCACCUAAUAAUAAUAAUAAUAAUAAAAAUGUUACUAAUAAUAAUAAUAAUAAUAAUAAUAAUGGUAAGAGGGGAAAUGGACAGAAACAAGAAGAUGGGAACAGAGAUCUUCAUAUGUUUGUUUGGAGUUCAAGUGCUUCACCUGUUUCUGAUGUGUUUGGUGCUCAUGAUCAAUUUGCUUCUCAUGAUCACAAAGAUGUCAAAUUGAAUGUUUCUCCUGGAAAAGUGGAGGGUCAUAGAGAAACUCAAGAGGACUAUUUGGAGAAAGAUGAAUUCAGCUUUGGAAAUAGAGGAAUGGAAAGAGAAAUGAAUCAACAUGAAGGUGAAAAAAUUGGAGAUGGAAAACCAAAAGUGAUGCCACCAGCAAGUGUUAUGACAAGACUCAUAUUGAUCAUGGUGUGGAGAAAACUUAUAAGAAAUCCUAACACUUACUCAAGUUUAAUUGGCCUCAUUUGGUCACUAGUUUCAUUUAGGUGGAAUAUUGAGAUGCCUGCCAUAAUAGCAAAGUCUAUAUCCAUACUGUCAGAUGCAGGCCUUGGCAUGGCCAUGUUCAGUCUUGGUCUGUUCAUGGCUUUGCAACCAAAAAUCAUAGCAUGUGGAAAUUCCAUAGCAGCUUUUGCUAUGGCUGUGAGAUUCCUUACAGGUCCAGCUGUCAUGGCAGCUGCUUCACUUGCUGUUGGACUCAAAGGUGUUCUCUUUCAUGUUGCAAUUGUUCAGGCAGCUCUUCCCCAAGGAAUUGUCCCAUUUGUCUUUGCUAAGGAAUAUAAUGUACAUCCUGAUAUUCUAAGCACAGGUGUCAUUUUUGGAAUGUUGGUUGCAUUGCCCAUUACUCUUGUGUACUACAUCUUAAUGGGGUUAUAAAUUCAUGAAAAUUAAAUGAUGGAUGAUUCACAAGAUUCAUGUGUGAUUGUAUUCUUGCAAUCUCUUGGUUGAGGAUUGUAGAGCAUCACAUAAGGAAGAAAAAAUGUUCAAAAGGAAUACAAAAAGCUUCAUGAGAAUUUAAUAGGAGGAGCCUCAAAAUUUAUUUUACUUUUUUUUUCUUUCUAUCUUUGUAUUUGUUUUUGUUUUUUUUUUUUAUUUCUUUUUUUAAUGGACUUUGCUAUCUUAGAAAAAAAAAUGUAAAAUUAUGAUUGUAGCUAGCUAAUUUACAAAAUUAGUACUUGAAUUCCAUUUCUAGCAAUUAAAUAAUUUGUGGUCAUA